CAGCAAAAUUGUUUGCUUGUCUCCUUUAACUUUAUUAUUCAAUUUAAACCGUAGAAUAAUUAAAUUAAAAUGGAAACACUGAGUCUAGACGACCAGUAUGAUGUUAAAAUUGUUUUUGAACCGCCAAAAACUAUCUGUAGGUGUUGUUUAACCACUGAUAAGCGUAUGAAUAACGCCGUGGCUUUCAAACAGCUAUUUAAGGAUUUAGCUGGAUUAAACGUAACGGAGUCCGAUGGUCUACCACAAUGGCUCUGCUACGAAUGCAGUGCCCUACUACAGAAGUCCGUCAGGUUCCAACAGAAGGUCCAGAAGGCUCAUACUAUGCUGUAUGAGUAUCUUGGACGAUGUGCUCCAUUCCCAAUAGAGCCGCAAGAUGAGGAGUUGACGAAGUACGCGAGCCCGCACUUUGGUACGACGCGAGUAUUAGCUGUAGAUAUUUUGGGCAAAGGGAAAGUGGGGCAGUUCGAGGUGUACGAGCAUGAGAAACACCAUCAGCAUUCGGCCUUAGACGAUAUAAUAAUUAAUAAAAUUGAAGAGAAUGUCAAGGAAGAAACUGAAUUUACAGAUUACGAAGACAAUAUGACUUUAGAAGAAUUUAGAUCUGUAGCGAAUAAAAUAACUGAAGACGACAUAGCGUCCCUUCUUCAGGAUACGGAGCAAGUAGAAGUGAAGCCAGAGACAGUCACAAAGAAGAAGAAGAUUAGAACGAAAGACAUUAAGAAGAAGAGAAAAGAGAACAAUGUUAACAUAGAUUCAGCGAAGGAGGAUUCUGGUGACGAACCGAAGUCUUCGAUUAGGAAACCGGUAGAAUUGGACCCGAGUAAGAUACGAGUGGUUACUUUAAACCCAGAGGAGCAAAUCAAACAGAGACAGGAAGAAAGUAAAAACGGUAAAAAAUAUCCGUUUCUAUGCAAUUUGUGUUAUAAAGGCUUUAAUUUUGAGUCUAAAUUGCAAAAUCAUAUGAACAAGCACAGUCCGUCUCGAGGGCCGUAUGAAUGCAAGAUAUGUCACAUGUAUCUGCCUACGUCGUACAGUUUUAGUGUACACUCACUCAUACAUACACGGAGAUAUGAAUGUUUAGUCUGUGGCCGGCGGAUGAUCGACAAACCGUCUAUUAUUGAACAUUACAGAACACAACAUGAAGGGUUACUCAGUAAUUUCACGUGUCAAAUAUGCGGUAAAGUAUCCAAUAAUAGCAAGACGCAUAGAAGCCACAUGAGAAACAACCAUGGCGGCGACAGACCGAAGUGUGAUCAGUGUGGGAAGACAUUCAUCAAUAAGGACUCGUUAAUUGAACAUCAACAAAUACAUCUCGGUAUAAAGAACUAUGAGUGCACAGUAUGCAACAAACGGUUUCGAACCCGGACUCAGAUUCACAACCAUCAGAUGUCUCACACAGAUGUCAAGGAGUUCUACUGCGUCGAAUGUGAUGUCAGAUUUAAAACUGCUAGUGGCUUGAAGACGCAUUUAUCGAAGAGCAUGAAACACAGGGACAAGCAGAGCUUAAAACACGCCUGCACCCGUUGCCCAGCUCGUUACGCGUGCGCGACAUCCCUGGCAGCGCAUAUACGCGUCCAACACGAGGGACUCCGCCCCCACGUAUGCGGGGACUGCGGGGCUGCGCUAGCGACACGGUCCUCGCUCGCUAAACACAUGCAUUCCGUACACUUGGGCCUUCGCCCCCCGCCGAGACAUGUGUGUGAUACCUGUGGGAAGGCGUUUAGGGGUAAAAGUGUCUUGAUCAACCACGCUCGGACUCACACUGGCGAGAAACCAUUCGAGUGUCACCACUGUGGACGAAGGUUCGCACAGCGCACGUCUAUGCGCACUCACGUCAAACUCGUACAUCUUAAACUGCGGCGGAGCGGGAAGGUAAAACCAGUAGCGAUAAUAGACGUCCAAUCCUCUCGAGUCGACGUGUUUAAACCUGAGCCACCUGUAGCAGAGACCUGGCGGCAACCCUGCGACGUCUACUUCCAAGUGACUGCGGGGCCCUGAAACCUGUGGACCUCAAAAAUCAGUAGGCCCCCGAGAGCUAUGGGGCGUUGAAAGCUGUGGAUCACUGAGAGAUAUAGUGCCCAAAUGUAUUAUGCCUCUGAUGCCUAAGGGGUCCGAAUACAUGUGGGGCCCAUAAGAAUAAAGGGCCGUAAAAUCUGCGUGUACCUUAGAAAUACGGGGGCCCAAAACAUGUUGGGCCCAUAAUGCAAACUUGCACCCAAAAACCUGCGUGCCAUGUUGAGAUACGCAAUCGUUUUAACUAUACAACGAAAAAUAAAUUUUAAAUUAAUUUAAAAUUCCUGAAAAAAGUUAAUUAUUUUUAUUA